AUGGCCAUGGGAUAUAAACAGAGCCAAGGGGAUCAUACAUUUUUCAUUAAACACUCACCUUCAGGGGGAGUCACAGCCCUCUUGGUAUAUGUCGAUGAUAUAAUAGUAACAGGGGACGAUGAUAAGGAGCGACAAAUUUUGAGUCAAUGUUUGGCUAAGGAAUUUGAGAUCAAGGCGUUAGGGAGGCUGAAAUAUUUUCUUGGGAUCAAGGUGGCUCACUCUAGACAGGGCAUUUUUAUAUCUCAGCAGAAGUAUGUUACGGAUCUCCUCAAAGAAACCGGCAAGACAGCGUGCAAACCAGCGAGUACUCCAAUAGAUCCUAACCUUAGACUUGGAAAGGCAGAAGAGGAUGCUGCAGUAGAUAGGGAAAUGUACCAACGCCUGGUAGCUCAUCGAGUGUUACAAUACCUCAAAGGGACACCAGGAAAAUGUAUUCUGUUUAAAAGGAACGGAGGCUUAGUUCUUGAGGCAUACACGGAUGCCGAUUAUGCUGGGUCAAUUGUUGACAGGAGGUCAACCUCUGGAUAUUGCACCUUUCUUGGUGGAAAUCUUGUGACGUGGAGUAGUAAGAAACAAAAUGUGGUGGCUAUGUCUAGUGCGGAGGCAAAAUUCUAA